AUGCUUUGUAAUAAACAAUUAAAUCAUAUCGAAAAAUCAUUAAAUACUAAAAAUAAAAUUGACGACCCUUCUUUAAACAAAUCUUUAUUUAAAACUUCUAUAGUAAUUCCUUCAGCUGUUCAAUCAACUUUAAUUGGAAAUAAAGGGUUAAAUAUUAAAAAAUUACAGACAGAAUUUGGAGUGAAAAUGCGUUUGCUUGGAGAUAAUUGGUUGGAUUAUCCAAAGGGGAGAACUUUACAAAUUUUGGGGGAUUCUGAAGAGAAAGUUAUUAAAGCUAGGAAAUAUAUAGAUGAAGAAUAUAUUCUUAAAAAAUGCGAGGCUUUAAAUAUUGGACAGAAAUUUCUCGGGACUCUUGACGAUGAACAAAAAUUUGUUUGUAAGGAAAUUUUAAUUCCUAGAAUAUUGACCACUCAAAGUGAGGAAGAUAUGGCUAAAAUGCAGAAGACUUCUGGUAUAGUCGAAUAUCUUUAUAGAGAUUCAAAACAAGUCGGAAUGAGGACUAUUAUUUUGCGUGGAACAAAUGAUUCUGUUGUUAAAGCAGAAAAAGAGUUGGAAAUAAUGGCCGCAAAAAUUAAAAGAAAAUCAAAUUCAGUUAGCUCUUUUGGCGAAACAAUUGAUAUAAGCAAUAGACCCCCUCCUGCUUUUUCUCAACAAAAUCAAACAAAUAACUUCAAAGCAUUCCCAAAAUUUAAUCAAAAAUUAAUUAAUACUACAACAAAUUUUCAAAAACAAAGAAAUAUUCAAAAUUCAUUAUCUCCAUAUUCCCCACCUUUAUUGGCAAAAUCUUUCAUUAAUGAAACAAAAAAUGCCGAAAAUAAUGAUAUUUCUGUUUCUGCCUUCUCAGUCCAAUCAUCAAAACAUCCAGCAAAGAAUUUUAUUUCAACAGAAUAUCCCAACAACAUUGACAAAAAUAAGCCUAUUUUUGAUUCAGUAAUCGAUAUUGACUUUAAUCAGCACCGGAAAAAUGAAUAUAAUAUUCAUCGUAAUUCAAAAUUUAAUAAUUCAAAUAAAUGCAGCAUAACUUCUGAAGAGAGAUCUGAAGCUGAAAUACGAGAAUUACGUUCUGAGAAUGAAAAACUUAAAAGACAAGUAGCACUGAAAGAUCGUGAAUUGGUUCGUUUAAACGCUGUCCGAUCAUGUUUUGGUUGUAAUUCUUCGCAACGUUCUGUAAUUUUCUUACCCUGUGCUCACUUUCUUUUUUGUGUAAAAUGUGCUGAUCGGAACGAGAAGUGUCAGAUUUGUAAUGUGCCUAGGACAAAGAGAUUAGUUAAAUAUGAGUAG